CUUGGUGUAAACAAUCAACUCGUAUCAACACAACAAUAAACGGCGAAUAAAUAUUGAAUAUUUUGUAUAAUUCCAACUAAAUCUACAAAAUAAAAACGCAAAUUCAUUCCACAAUUCAGGAGAAACGUUCUAAGUUUAUAAGCUAUUAAAAUCCUUUAUUAAUAUCAGUGAUUUACCCAUUCCAUGGCUAACCAGUACGGAUCGAUUCGCAAUCUCAUGAAGCAAACCUGUAACAAAAAUGUUGGUAGCAAAAUUAACAUUUUUAAAUGGAGCCAAGAGAUGGAUUUGCUAGCAUUCGGCACUGAGAAGGGUGAAGUUUUUCUACAUCGAUUAAAAUGGCAAAAAGUGUGGCAACUGAACCCACCGGAAGAUGGGUUAAAAGUACGGGGCAUAGCGUGGCGACCGUGUGAGAAAUUCAUCGCAAUCGGCUACAGCAAUGGCACAGUGCUUCUGGUUGAUUUGGAAACGAAGGAAGAAAUCUACAACUUCUCUAUUAAGACGGAUAUUACGUGCCUGUGCUGGACAGACAAUACGGAUGAAAUGGCUUGCGAUGAUGUCAGUUACAGUUCGGUGACUAGUCACACCAAGUAUCUGCCCGAGCUACCGGUACUCAGUUCACUGUCCUCAUCAGCGAAACCACUUAAUCCGAAUCGUAGCAGUUACUGCUCGAAGCACAUCCUAAGCAUUCUUCUCAUCGGUACGACGACCGGUCUCGUAUACAUCUCUGCGCUGGGCAUGCUGCCUUGUGGUAGUAUCGAUGUAUUCGGUUCGCUUGGACUUCCUUCUUCUUCGUCUGCAUGCAUUCGUGAAAUCAAGAUGAGCCACGAUUUUAAGCAACUGAUCGUGGGGAUUGAACAAAACGAAACACUCAAUGUGGUCGUGCUGGAAAACGAUGUACUGCACAAAAAUGCUCCUGCAGUUCUUAAUCUAGCCUUAAAGUACGCACAAAUACUCAACACUAUGUCGUACAUGAGCGAAACAAUCGAUUGUAUCAUUGAGGCAUGGGAAACGGUACUGCUCGAGAUGGACAACAAGCUGACAAACUACGCAAAAGAUCAACCGGAUGGUUCGAUAUCGGCCGACUUUCUCGAACUGCUCAUGUUUGGCACGGCUUCACCCUCGCUAGAACAGUUCCUGCUACGAGAUCUCACCGAAAAGGGUCUUCGCAAGCUGGGCUACAGUAUCGAGCUGAGCUAUGUCACAAUCCAGCGUUUGGUUGUGAAACCCCUCUACGCAGCAAUCCAUGCCGCGUUCUAUCAUCUGAACACGCUCGAUGGGAUGCUUCGUAAUCGGUUCUACUACGGUGCGCUAAUGCGCGAUAUGGCCACAGCUACGGAAGUGCAGCGAAGUUGCGGCGCCCUCCAAAUCAAGGCUCACGAACUGCAACAAACGAUCGAUGCGUCGAAGCGCGACUUUAAAAUAUUCUUCCGCUGGCUGUACGUCGUAAUAGUGCGCGUGAUGGACGAAUCGUUGCAAGAAAACCAUCCCACAAUCACGCAGAGGGAGAUUCACUAUCUGGCCCAAUUUUUAAGCAACUUUGAUCCGGCCACCCAAAACCCGCCUGCCGACGACAGCCGGGGAACAAUUGAAUCUCGUCGGAAAUUCAAUCUCGAACGAGUGGGACAGUAUCUGGAAGACAAACCACUGAUCCGUCCGAUGUCAAAGGAUGACGAGAAUGGAUGGAAGCAGUUGCUGGAACAAAAUGAAUGCUUGCGAAAUUGCGAUGCUAUCUAUCCGCACUACGAGAGCAUGUCCUUGAUUCAGCAGCAAAAGCUUUUAAGGACUAACAUCGAUCAACUGUUCGAUCAACCGGGUAAGGUUGUUGGAACAGACUUCAAGCAGAAGAAUUUGCUUACGAUUCAAACUUCAACGGCCUCUUCCGGUGCGAAUGUGGUCUCAUUUGCAUUCAUCUCUCAUUCACGGGACCACUUGACGCUGCUGGCAAUUCUUCAAUCGAACCGCAGUUUGCUGCUGGUGGAAUGUUUUAACGAUGGAGGCCUUAAGGCUGUGCGGCUGCACUUUGAAGAGAAACCAUACUUUGAUCAGCGGUUUGAUAUGUUCGGUACGCUUACCUUCCAGCACGUGGAAUUUUAUGAUGAGGAAAUACUUUCACUUCUGUUGCGCGCUCAAACAUCAAACGACGAGCGAGCGGCGAAUUGUUACUUCCUUCAGCUUAAUCUUGGCCCUGUACGUGAGUUUUUGGCUACGGUAGAAACGCGAAGCUACAUGCAAACACUUACGGAGGAUGCUGCCGGUUGUGCUGCCAUUAACGUGUACACGCUUAUCGACGAAAGUUCGCUGAAGUUGCUGGAAAGUAGCGAUGGUCAUAAAAUCGCCGUCUCCGGCAAGCGCAACGUGGUAGCUUUACUGUCCGAAUCGAUGAAAAACGUUCGAAUCUACGAUAUGGAUGGACAGAAUGAGGAGGAUGAUAUACUCGACACAUCAUCGCAGAUUAACAGCAGCCUUGAAAAUAGCCAAGAAUCAGUUCAAACGUGAACACCGUUAUUUGCGAAAAAUAAAACAGAUGGAAGAAAGUU